GGUUUUAAGGAGGGUUUAAAGGCGGCUGCUCUUUCCAUCAGCCUCCUCUGGAUAUUACACUGAUCCCUCCUUUUCAAUAUCUUCUUCUUGUUUCUCUUCAAUUUCCAUCUUUUAAAUUUAUUAAUGCUUGUACCAGUAAUUUACUCCUUUUCUUUUCUCUUCUGCUAAAAUCUUAUUUCCCUUUUCCAUCACUUGUCAAUACAUUCAAAACCAUGUGGAGAAGCUUUGCCAGACGAGCUUCUUCUGCUAAGCAGCAGAAACUUUCUUCAAAUCUGACAAAACCCUAUCAAGUCUCUAACUUUAUUGAGAAAAUCAGGCCUCUAGAGAUCCCAACAUUCUUCAAUUCGCCUUACUCGCCUCUGUAUUUUAGCCGAAUGCUUGUAUUAUCGUCUCCAAGUGAUGAAUUAAGCAAAAGUUUCACUAAUUUUAGAAACCCUCUUGGUCUUUCUCCUCCUUUCCUCAAGAGCUAUGCAACUGCGGCUGCACAGUCAAUUCUUUCAACAGAUGAGUCAGACUUUUCCGGUUCCGAUGAACUCCAAGAACAGAUAGAGGAAAUCAAUAAGCACCAUCAGAAAAUGGAGAUGCAGUUUAGGCCACAACAAAAGAAAACAAUAGCAGGUAUGGGUGUGGGAAAGUAUACUAUCCUUAAAAGGAGACAAGUAAAGAUGGAGACUGAGGCAUGGGAAGAGGCAGCUAAAGAAUAUCAGGAAUUGUUAGAGGACAUGUGCGAGCAGAAACUGGCACCUAAUUUGCCUUAUGUAAAAUCUUUAUUUCUAGGUUGGUUUGAGCCUUUGAGGGACGCAAUUGCAGCAGAGCAAGAAUUAUGUAUGGAGAAGCUUGGUAAGCCUUCUCAUAGGCCGUAUUUUGAUGCAUUGCCAGCAGAUAUGAUGGCAGUUAUUACUAUGCAUAAGUUGAUGGGAUUGUUGAUGACUACUAAUGGAGGUAAUGGGAGUGUUAGGGUUGUUCAAGCUGCCUGUGCAGUGGGUGAGGCAAUUGAGCAAGAGGCUAGGAUACACAGGUUCUUGGAGAAGACAAAGAAAAAAAAGAAGAGCACAAAAGACAAGGAAUCUGAAUGCAACUCAGAACCUGUGACCGUUGAAGAGCAUAAACUUGCUAAAGAACAGGAGAAAUUGAGGAGAAAAAUCACUGAACUGAUGAAAAAGCAAAAGGUUCAUCAAGUGAGAGGGUUAGUGAAGGUCUUUGACCAUUCAAUGCCUUGGGGACAGGAAGCACAUGUUAAGGUUGGUUGCCGCUUGAUUCAAUUGUUAAUUGAAACAGCAUAUAUACAACCUCCAGUUGAUCAAUUUGGAGAUGGUCUACCUAAUAUCCGCCCUGCAUUUAUGCAUACGCUUAAGACUAUCGUGAAAGAUUCACAGAAAACUAGCAGGAGAUAUGGUGUUAUUGAGUGUGAUCCUCUUGUUCAUAGCGGCCUUGAGAAAUCUGCUAGGCACAUGGUCAUCCCUUAUAUGCCAAUGUUGGUGCCUCCUUUAAACUGGACAGGGUAUGACCAAGGUGCAUACUUGUUUUUGCCAUCCUAUGUUAUGCGAACUCAUGGAGCGAAACAGCAACGUGAAGUUGUUAGAAGGACACCACGGCAACAAUUACAACCUGUUUUUGAGGCCCUGGAUACACUUGGAAAUACUAAAUGGAGAGUGAAUAAGAAGGUACUUGCAGUAGUUGAUAGAAUAUGGGCUAAUGGGGGCGAUCUUGCUGGCUUAGUUGAUCGCGAAGAUGUUCCUCUUCCAGAGGAACCAGAAACAGUAGAUGAAGCUGAAAUUCGAAAAUGGAAGUGGAAAGUGAGAAGUGUGAAAAAAGAGAAUAGCGAGAGACAUUCACAGCGGUGUGAUAUAGAACUUAAACUUGCCGUUGCUCGGAAGAUGAAGGAUGAGGAUGGCUUUUACUACCCUCAUAAUCUUGAUUUUCGUGGUCGUGCUUACCCCAUGCAUCCACAUUUGAACCACCUUGGCUCUGAUCUGUGUCGUGGCAUUUUAGAGUUUGCAGAGGGUCGCCCACUUGGGAAGUCUGGCUUAUGCUGGCUGAAGAUACAUUUGGCGAAUGUAUAUGCUGGUGGUGUUGACAAGUUGUCCAAUGAGGGUCGGAUAGCGUUUACUGAGAAUCAUCUGGAUGAUAUUUUUGAUUCUGCAGACCGACCACUUGAAGGAAGGCGCUGGUGGUUGGGCGCAGAGGAUCCUUUUCAAUGCUUAGCAACAUGUAUUAGUCUCUCAGAAGCAUUGAGAAGUUCUUCCCCAGAGACUGCUAUUUCACAUGUGCCUGUCCAUCAGGAUGGUUCCUGCAAUGGUUUGCAACACUAUGCUGCCCUUGGAAGGGACAAGUUGGGAGCCGCUGCAGUUAAUCUUGUUCACGGAGAAAAACCUGCUGACGUUUACUCAGGAAUUGCUGCCAGGGUCCUGGAUAUAAUGAAGAGUGAUGCAGAAAAAGAUCCAUCAACUAAUCCAAAUGCAUUGCAUGCUAAGCGUUUAAUCAAUCAGGUGGACAGGAAAUUGGUGAAGCAGACAGUGAUGACAUCAGUGUAUGGUGUCACUUAUAUUGGUGCCCGUGACCAAAUAAAAAGGAGGCUAAAAGAACGUGGUGCCAUUGACAAUGAUGCGGCUUCAUUUGCUGCAGCUAGCUAUGCAGCAAAAAUUACCUUGACGGCUUUGGAAGAGAUGUUUGAAGGUGCGAGAGGUAUCAUGGCCUGGCUUGGUGAAUGUGCAAAGGUAAUAGCUUCAGAGAAUCAACCUGUGCGAUGGACCACUCCUCUUGGACUUCCUGUUGUACAACCUUAUAAACAGUUGGGGAGGCAUCUUAUCAAGACAUCUCUGCAGACGCUGGCAUUACAAAGGGAAACGGACAAGGUGAUGGUUAAGAGGCAAAGAACAGCUUUUCCACCGAAUUUUGUUCACUCUCUUGAUGGCUCUCACAUGAUGAUGACUGCUCUUGCCUGCAAACAAGCAGGUUUGAACUUUGCAGGAGUCCAUGAUUCUUACUGGACACAUGCAUGUGAUGUUGAUGAAAUGAACAGGAUACUUCGACAAAAGUUUGUUGAAUUGUACGAGGCGCCAAUAUUAGAAAAUUUGUUGGAGGGCUUUCAAAAGACAUUUCCUAAGUUGAAAUUUCCUCCCUUACCGGAGCGAGGAGACUUUGAUCUCAGAGAUGUUUUGGAUUCUCCCUAUUUCUUCAAUUAGUCAUAGCAAUACUGGUCUUGACUGUUUCGAAAUUGUUCUUUAUACCUCUGUCAUUCAGUUGAAAGUUGAUGAUAGUUGUAUUCGUUCAUCCAUGUGCAUGCAUUUGUCAGAUGCACAGUUACUGAACCCAUUGUUAACUGAGGGAGAAUGGCUAAAGAAGAGACCCAAGAAGUGCAUACAAUGGGUGUCCAACAACUAUUUCUGUACAUAUGUCAAAAGAAAAUGCAUAUAACCUUUGGCCAGAGAUAUCCCAUUAUACUUCCCUCGGGACUCUGCUUCCCUUUCAGCAGUGGGUCCGCUUUUGUGAAAAUAAAUGAAGGACUAAGGUGGCGCAUCAUACAGUACAACAUGAAAGAAGCCCUGAUAGUGGUAACAAACAAGUUGUUUCAUUCAAUCCGGCUUUGUACAAAGGAAAUUGAAGCUCAAGCAGUAGAGGAACGGAACAUCAUAUUGAUGAAAUUCAAAGAUCAGUGAAAGCUGUGGAGCCUCACUGUGCUUGUGCCUCUUCUGAGAUGUUGCCAGUAGCAUAUCGAAAUAGGUUGCUGAAAAUAAAGUUGAUUUUAAGGAAAGUAACAUAGAAAUUGACGAGCAUGUGUUUUUGUGGUAUUUUGCUACUCUUUACUAAUUGUUUUACCGUAUUUUUUGAUUACUUCAGACAACUUUCUAUAGUUCAAAGAAAGCUGUAUAAUGCAUACUAAGAAUGAAUAAUAGAGGCUCUCAUCAUUCUCAA